AUGGCGGCGUGGUCUGUGGGGGGCGGAGAGGAGUAUAAUGUCUGGCCCAAGUCUCGCCGUCCCCUGGACCAGGAGUCUAGGCUCCCAGCUCCCUUUCCAAGAAUCAAGACCCAAACCGUCUCAUUUCCCGGGGCCCAGAAUCCUGGGCCUCCAGCCUUUCCUUCCUUAGACCCAAGAGUCCUGGCUCCGAGCACCCUCUUCGCUCAGACUCAGGAAUCCGAAUUCCAGAUCCUAAAUAAGCAAACUUCGAAGCUGAAACUCCAAAAUUUCCAAAGAAUAAGGGUUCUGGAGGGCAGGACUCCUAAGUACUGGGGGAGGUGGGGACUGAGUGCCAGGACUUCCCGCUCUGAGGAAGGAGGAGAGACUGAAGGCUUGGAUUCCUGGAACUCCCCCAUCCUGGACUCCAGGGCCCCCUUCAACCCUGUCUUCCUGUCUGGUACCCCCCGACCACACACCCCUUUCCCGCUCCCGCAGGAGAAGAAACAGCGACGGAAGAGCCAAGAGCCCUUCACGGUUCAGGCCAAUCCUGACGCUUCCCUGCGGCCGCGGCGACCGUGGCGGCGGGAGUUGCGCCUCGUGGGUGACAGCGGCCUCGGGAACCCUUUCCUCCAGGAGAAUGUGCCAGAGGCACAUCUGCACUGUGCGGCCCACCGUGCCCUGGGCACCGUAAGCUGUGAUGGAGAUGGCAACGGCGAUGGUGGCCUCCAGGCGUCGCCGACAGAAGCAGGCAGUUCUGAUCCGGAGUUGGAGGAAGUCUCCGUGGAGGAUGUUCCCACCUCUCCAUCUCUUUAUAAAGAGCCUCCUGGGACUCCACGCACGGGUUGGCUAGCCCACCAAGGACCUGGGGCCGGUGCAGAGGAGGAGUGCGAAUCCCAGGACGUUGGAGAUGAAUACGAAGCAUCCAGUCUCGGACCAAACCCUGGAAUGGAGAGUGGCUGGGGACGUGGACACUUGGCCUCCAACAAGGACGAAGACCUGGAUAACAAUAAAGAGUCGGAGUCUACACUGAGGAAUUCUUCAGGAGCGAUCGACGAGCAGGUGUCUGGCGCCAUGGAAGGCGUGGGCGGCGCGGGCAGCAGCAAUGUGGGGAGGUCGCCCCGCUCGCCUCCCCGCGCCCCAGGCCCUCGACUGGGCAAGGAUAAGGAAGCGUACGUGCUGCGGCCGGCGCUGCGCGGCCGCACGGUGCAGUGCCACAUCAGCCGCGACAAGCGCGGCGAAUUAAACGACUUGUUCCCUUUCUACUAUCUGUACCUGGAAGCGGCUGACGGCCGGAAGCACUUCCUCCUGGCUGCGCGCAAGAGAAAAAAGAGCAAAACCUCUAAUUACCUCAUCUUCCUGGACCCCACAGACCUAUAUCGGCAUGGGGACAACGUAGUGGGCAAAGUCAGAUCUAAUAUCUUAGGCACCAAGUUCAUUAUCUUCGAUAAUGGGGUGAAUCCAGAAAGGAGGAAUUUCUUCCCAGAGACUGCUCGGAUAAGGGAAGAGCUGGGGGCUGUGUAUUAUGAGACCAACAUCUUGGGAUUCUGAGGGCCCCAAAUGACUAUGAUCAUUCCAGGAAUCGACUCCGAGAACUACAGAAUCAGCGUUCAGCCACAAUAUGUGAGUAGGUUAAGUUUGAGAAUCUCUGGGAUGUCAAGGGGGAAGCUGGUCGUGCUGCAAAACAAAGCCCCGUGGUGGAACGUCCAGAGAGGAAUCUACGAGCUCGAUUUUAAUGGUCGAGUCACUCGGGACUCGGUCAAGAACUUCCAGAUCGCGCAUCCCGAUGAUCUGGACUAUCUGGUGCGCCAGUUUGGUCGCGUGGCCGCAGGCACGUUCAUCAUGGACUUCUGCUUCCCGCUUUGCCCACUCCAAGCCUUCGCUGUCUGCUUGUCCAGUUUUGAUGGGAAGCUGGCGUGAGUAAUCCAGUGAAAAUACCAUACCCUCACCAGCUUUCGUGCCUCAUAUGGAGAAAGGGCCCUGCAUACUUUCUCUUGUACCACCUUACUAAUAACCAGCACUUAUUAGAUUCCAGUCCUGUGAUCUAGGGAGUGGGCUGUUCAGCAACAUCUGCUCUUGUGGAACUCACAUUUGUGGGAGAUAGGUCUUCCAGAACAAAAAGUCAAAAUAAUUGUCUGCUAUGAAGGACAAAAACAUAUGGAUGCACAAGUCAGCUGGGUCAGAGGAAGGCACCUCUGAAAAAGUGAUUUUCUUACUACAUCUGAAGAAUCAUGAGGAACUCGUUCUAGAGGGUCAGGGAUGGGAACAUCAGGCAGUGGACACAGCUCACACAAAGGUCUUAAGGAAGAAUGGGGCUUGGUGGGUUUGGGGAAAUGAAAGGGGAGUGUUGCAGGAGUCUGGGGAACCAAUGCUGAGAGGGUCAGAGUAUGAGACCAGACAGAGUGCAGACAUGUGGGCCACUCGUUGGAACUGCUGGACAGAUCUUGGGGUCAGAGGAGUUCUAAGCCAGACACAUAAACCUGGAUGGGUAACUGAAAACAUGCAUGGGUGAGACAGAUAAAAAUUGUACUACUAGCUAACAUAUUUGAUAAGCAUUGUUUUAAAUAUGAACUCCUUUGGGGUCUUACAAUCCUGUAAGGUAUGUACAAUCGUUAGCCACACUUUACAGGUAAGGAAACUAAGUGUAUGGCCAUAGGGCUUAUACAUGUGAAAUUGGGCAGCUGGAAACCUUGAGGAAUGUACCAUGUGAAGGCCUGUAGGGGGAUGAGUCUUUAUAUUCUAGGGAGGCACAGAAACUGGAGCUUAAUCCUGUUUUACGUAUCAGUGAGUUCAGCUUUAAGACCCCUUGGAAAGAUAAUUGCCCAAGUCUAAUAAAAUUUAGGCAGAAGCCAAAGAAAAACUACCAAACCCACCAGCUCUUAGUUCAAAAGAAGCCU